AACUUUUUAUAUGACAUGGUUUAUAUACUGUUUUUUUUCUGCUUAGGGUCAGUGAAAACUGUUCUAAGUGAUCAACGAAAGCAAAUGCUCCAAAAAUACAAAGAAGAAAAACAACUUCAAAAAUUGAAAGAGCAGAGAGAGAAAGCUAAAAGAGGAGUUUUUAGAAUGGGUCUUUAUAGACCUGAUAUGCCUUACUUUCUUUUAUCAAAUGAGAAUACUAUGAAAACUGAGCCAAAAAAGGCUGUUUCAUUUUCUGUACGGAUUACAAGGUCAAAGGCCAAAAACCAAAUGGAGCGGAUUGAGAUUGAUAAUAGGAAUGAUAUUCGAGCAAUCCCACCUGGUCAAAGACAAACUUCUGAAAAGAAAGUGUUGGACCAAGAAAAAAAAGCUGGUCAGCCUGUAAUACCUACGUCUGUGAGAAUGACUCGAUCGGCUACUCAAGCAGCAAAGCAAAUUGCCAGACCAGUCUCAUCCACUACAGGAAGAAAACCAGUCACAAGAGCUACCAAUGAUAAUGAAGCAGAAAGAAAGGCACCAAAUCAAGGAAGACCUGCCAAAAAGUUAGAAGCAAAGCCUGACAAGGUCAUUUCAUUUAAAGUUGAUAGUGAAGAAAAUACUUUACAUUCUCAAACCAGUACAAUAAAUGGAAUGGAUCCAAAUGGAGUCUUAUCAAAAAUGGAAAACUUACCUAAGACAAAUACCGCAAAAAUGAAAGGAAAGAAUUCCUUUGCUCCUAAAGAUUUUAUGUUUCAGCCAGUGGAUGGUCUGGAAACCUAUCAAGUAACACCUAUGACUCCCAGAAGUGCUGAUGCUUUCUUGACACCCAGUUAUACCUGGACCCCUUUAAAAACAGAAGUUGAUAAAACUCAAGAAGCAAUAAAAGACAUUGUGGCACAAAAAUGUAAAGCUUACUCUACCAAGACAGUACAUCAAGAUUCAGAUAAACUGCAGUGUCCUUUGGGUUCUCUAACAAUUUGGGAUAAAGAACAUGUCUUAAGUAAAAAUGAAACUACUAAUGAAAAUUCAAAUGACCUUCCAAAAAAAGAAGUCCUAUCACUUGGAAUCAAUAAAGAUCAGCUAUCUCAGCCACAACAUGAUGUGCCAUAUUUCAGAAAUAUACUCCAGUCAGAAACUGAGAAAUUAACUUCACACUGCCUUGAGUGGGACAGGAAGCUUGAAUUGGACAUUCCAGAUGAUGCUAAAGAUCUUAUUCGCACAGCAGUUGGUCAAACAAGACUCCUUAUGAAAGAGAGGUUCAAACAGUUUGUAGGACUGGUGGACAAUUGUGAAUAUAAACGAGGUGAAAAGGAGACUACAUGUACAGAUCUGGAUGGAUUUUGGGAUAUGAUUAGUUUUCAGGUAGAAGAUGUAAACCAAAAAUUCAACAAUCUGACCAAACUUGAGGAAUCUGGAUGGCAAAACCAUAAUAAUACAAACAAAAAAGUCUUUCGGAAAAAAGUUGUCUCAGGUAUAGCAAGUAAACCCAAACAGGACGAUGAUGGAAGGAUUGCAGCUAGAAAUCGUCUAGCUGCCAUAAAAAGCGCAAUGAGAGAAAGAAUUAAGCAGGGAGAACAUGCCGAGGCAGCAGCCUCUGUAAUGCCAAAGGAAGUUGAUAAAAUAGUGUUUGAUGCUGGAUUUUUCAGGGUUGAAAGUCCUGUUAAAUCAUUCUCAGGACUCUCUGUCUCUUCUGAACAUCUUUCUCAAACAUUUAGAACACCUAAGUCUGUCAGCAAAGCUGUGUCUGAGAGCAGGGCUGAGAUGGGCCCUUUAAGACAAACUGUGUCACCACAGAAUCCUGAUCCUCAGGGUACUGAAAGUGAACAGGUUGAUAAGAAGACUUUGCUUUCAAAUAUUCCUGGAAGGAGGAACACCAUAGUAGAAGAUGCUCAGUGUUCUUUAUCACAAGAUGUAAUCAAAGUAAAUCAUAAUGCAUGUAAGAUAAACUUUGAGAUUGGUUGUUUACCCAGUAAAAUGAGUUUGCAUCUACUUGCUGCUGAAGUGGCAGAGGAUAUUACUGCUAACAAAAAGGAAGAAAUUUCAGAUGUUGUGGAAGGAAUGGAAUUAAAUUCUUCAUUUACAGCACAGGAUAUUCUGAUGAAAAGUCCUGAAAAAAAUAUACCAUCACAAAAUAUCUCACAGGAAGAAGAAACUAUAAUUUCUCAGUCAGUACCAUUUGAUAAUAAAAGUCUCACAACUGAAUGCCAUCUUCUUGAUUCAGUAAGUUUCCAACUUAAUUUGGAAAGUUCCUUCAUAUUUUAG